UCUCUUUCACUCUCUCAUUACCUUCAGCAGGAAAAAUGGCGUCCUCCGCUAGUACAGGUGUAGAGACUGCUGCUACAGUUUCCCCUUCCAAUCCAUCUCUCAGACAACGAGUUAAUGAUUUUUGUACCUUUUUGUACAAUUCAGAAGAAGGAUCUGUGCUCGGAAGAACUGGAAAGAGCUGGGCCCAGAUUGGUAUCUUCUAUCUGAUCUACUACUCAUGCCUUUCCGCUUUCUUCGCUGGGAUGAUGGCCAUCUUCUACCAGACCUUGGACUGGAACUACCCCAGACUUCAGGGACCUGAUACCCUUCUCAAACAAAACCCAGGUAUUGGAUUCCGUCCCAUUCCUGAUGUGCAGUCUACUUUAGUCAGAUUUGUUAAGGCUGAUGCCUCCACAUACUCUCCAUACACCGACCACAUCCAGGCUUUCCUCGAAUACUACGAGAACCAGAACCUGAACCCCCAGGACGGAGGUACCGUGGCCGACUGUGACUCAGUGACUGGGCGCCGCCCAGAGAAGGACUGGGACAAGCCCUGCCGAUUUGAUCUGACCGCCAACCUGGGAGCUGAUUGUGUCAAACAACAGACCUUUGGCUUUGACGAUGGAAUGCCAUGUAUUUUGCUGAAGCUCAACAAGAUCUUUGACUGGCAACCCGAGUCCUUCACCAAUGACACAGUACCCGCGGAGGUAGCUGAUCUGUGGGAGCCUUACCAUGUCACCAUCAAGUGUGAGGGAGAGAACCCCGCUGACAAGGACAACAUCGGACCCAUUGAGUACUACCCACAGGGAGGAUUCCACUUCAAAUAUUUCCCAUUCCGUAACCAGCAAGCUUACCGCUCCCCAUUGGUGAUGGCCAGAUUCAUCAGGCCCCACCCAGGUGUUCUCGUCAUGGUUCAAUGCAAAGCUUACGCCAGGAACAUCCGGCACAGCCAGCUGGAGAAAGCCGGAAUGGUCCACUUUGAAUUGAUGGUGGAUUAACCGAAUGAACUCUUUUUAGUCUACUUUUUAUAAUUUUCACUACAAACGUUGUUGCAAGGGUGGCUUUUCACAAACACAUUAGAAUAUCUUUAUAAAAGGACCCUUUACCUGAAGGUAAAUGAGAGACAGUGAGACAAAUGAUAGAAGGCCACAAGGAAAAAUAAGUUUGUAUUUCUUUCUUUACCAAAUUUUAAAGUGGUUGCUGCUAUUCAACCAAUAAAUGUAUAACUGAGACUUUCAAAUUUUUCUAGAUUUAAAAUUGUGUUUGAUUUUAUUUUGUAAAUUAUGGGGGCAUUUUUGUGAGAAAAAAAUAUGGUUCUUUGAUAAGUGAUGCUAAUUUUUUUUAUAUUGGCUAUUUAAAUAGCUACCCUAAAUAUGCCAGAUAUGAAAAUCUUUAGUGAUCUUUGAUAUGUUGAUAUACAUUUGUUACAUUCCUUAAAAGGACACUUAUCUAUUAUCGGGUAUAUAGCCAGAAUAAGCAUUGUAUAUAUAUAUUUCUUUUUAUGUGUACAUAUUGGUUAAAUUUCAGAAAUUGGGAUAUCAGUGGUUGCUUUGAAAGAUACAAUUGUACAACUUGAUGAUGUAGGAUUGCAAUGUAAAAUGGAGAUUAUUUGUUAUUGAUAUGCUCUAAAUCUGUUAGAUUGGAAAUCUCAGUUCAUUGGUAUUCAUGAAUUGCCAUCACAUCACAUCUUUUGCAUUAUAGAACUUAGUUUUAACCAUUUGUGUACAUAUUUUUUUUUUUUUGCCUUUUUAUGUUGGAAUGCAAGGAUUUUUUUUCUACAGUGAGAAAAGUUGAACGUGUGCAAUUUACAGUUUCAAAUAUUUUUUUGUUAAUAUAGUUUAUAUGCAAAACACUAGUAGUAUGUUAGAUUUAGGGAUUAUUUGAGGGUGGGUAACACUCUAAUUUUGCCAGCUAUAGAUUCUAAUGAUAACAUACAUGUAUAACUUGGUGUACCAUCUUGACCUGUCACAUGUUUUCCGUCCCAGAACUAGAGGCUUGUUUUGGUACCGUUAGCAUUUUGACAGGGUAUGUCAAAUGAUAAAAUAAGGCCAUCACAAAUAAUGUGGAACAAACCAAAAAUUAAAUUUAAGAUCAAUUAUUGUAGGACUCGGGAAAUGUAAAGCUUAAAAAUGACAAAUAAAUAAAGGAUCUGAAAUUUGU